AUAUUCCAUUUUAACUUACUUAUUUACAAAAUUGUAUAAAACAAGUAUCUGGUAACAUCAAUAUAACAUAUAAAUAAAGAUAAACAUGUAUGAAAUGUUUACUUCUAAAUGAUAUAAAUGUAUGCUUUUGUUAAUAAUAAAAUAAAAGUUCAUUAGCACAUGAUUUUCAAAUGAUCUUUAACUUUUGACAUUUGUCAGACGAUGGUGUUACUACUUUUAAAAAUAUACUGACAACCUAUUGACAGAUUACCCUCCUUAUGUUUAUUAUGAUAAUUUUAAGCAUUUUUCUGUAAAUACAUAAAACAAUAAAACAUCGAUUAUUACUUUAUCAUAGUGAGAAUAAGAAAUAAGCUUUCUUAUUUACCUAGCUUUUUCAUCACUUUGUAAAUUAUCCACGUUGGCAAUUCCAAUGGUGAACUGUCAAGUUCAGCGAUUUGUCGGCCCGUAAGCUAGACCUCCUUAUUGUUGAAUUUAUAACAAAUUUUUGUAUACUAUGUGGUUCCUAUCCGAUAUUAGCUAAAACGAUUGUAGCUCGACUGUCCGCCUCUUAUUUGCAAUGCUAAAAUGAUUCCACUAAAAGACAACCAGGAUGUGGCGUCAUUUCUCGUCACCAAGCACUCAUGGAAGGGCAAGUACAAGCGGGUAUUCUCCGUGGGUACCCACGGGAUCACCACGUACAACCCAGACCGUCUGGAGGUGACCAACAAGUGGCUGUAUGCUGAUGUGGUCACUGUGGCCUCGGCCAAGCACUCCAACUCCUCUGCAAACCAGGACUUCAUGCUGGUGAUGAAGAAGGAUAAGAAGGUUGACACUAUGAAGUUCUCGUCUGAACAUAAGUGUCUGAUUCUCACUGAAGCUUUCAAGUAUAGGCAUUUGUUUGCUGAGAAGAAAGAUGUUCUUAGAUUUCAAGCCUAUAAGCACCACUGGAGUGGCACUCGGUUACCAAUAGUCCUUGAGGUUGGACCCUGUGCUUUAGAGCAACUAGACCCAUCAACACACACACUGUUAGCCAGCUACCCUUACUCCGAUAUCCAAGGUAUUCUCCCAGUGAGAGACGUCUCCGGAGGCUUUGUCCUGGCCGUCGGUGGCUACAGUCGCCUCCAUCUUUUCUCCAACGCCAUGGACCACCAAGCCAUAAUCAACAAGAUGCUAGAAAUGGCUAAUCUAACACUGAGUAUUAGUAUAAAAGUGCUGAACACAAUGAUCACCUUGGAGGACUACCACAAUCAAAGAUUUGGAAAGUACAGUGGCGACCAACAUCAGACCUCACUGAGCGAGUUCAUUGUUCACAAAGUGAACCCAGCGCGGCACAUGGAACCGAUGCGGCGCACGCUUUGUCUGUCCGACACGUGUAUAUUAGAGCGCGACCCGCAGACCUACUCGGUCGUCUGCCUUCGUCCUUUGAGCGACGUGUUCGCUUUAGUGAGAGACCGGGAUCAUCCACAGAAGUUCUCAAUCGAGUACAUGAAUGGACAAACACGUACUUAUAUGGCCGGUGAAAGAGACGCGUUAUUGGCGUCCCUUCUGGACGGCGUGCGGUCCGCCGGGCAGCGCGACGUGCACGUGCGCUCGGGCGCCACGCCGCGCGGCCACCGGCUCGGCCCGCUGCACCAGCCCGUGGACGAGGAGACCGAGUCCAACCAUCUCAGAUUAUUCCAGAACCCAGUGGGCAUGACGCGAGCGGAGGUGAUCGAGCGGUUCAACGCCAACGUCGGUUACAGCGGACUCAACUAUUCCGUCAGUGCUGAUCGCCUAUUCGCGGAGAAUAAGGAGAAGCUGAUAACGGGAGCGCUGAGCGCUCUCGUAAACAGUACAGCGACAAGCGCCACGUUGCCGCCGAGAGAGCUAGAGGCGCUGUUUCAUGCGCUGAGGCGGCUGUGCGCUAGCAAAGUGGGUUUCGCUGCCUUCACUGCGUUGCCUGGAUUCCGCGAAUGGAUCGGGUCAGCGGUGGUGGGCGCGCUGCGGCGCGGCUCGGCGGCCUGCUCGCACGCGGCGCUGGACGCGGCCUGCGCGCUCAUGCAGCCCAUGCACCACGAGCCCGACCUGCGCCAGGAGCAGCUCAACAAGGCCUCCAUGCUGGCCACGCAGCCCUUCCUGGAGGGCUUGCUGUCUAUGUGGGCGGAGCACGUUACUGCCGGGAGUGGCGCGCUGGUGGUGGCGGCCAUGUUGGAUUUCCUCACGUUCGCGCUGUGCGUGCCGUACAGUGAAACUACGGAUGGCAAGCAGUUCGACCAGCUUUUGGAAAUGGUCGCGAAUAGAGGCCGUGUGCUUUUUAAACUGUUUGAGCAUCCAUCGAUGGCCAUCGUGAAAGGCGCAGGUCUAGUGCUCCGCGCUUUGGUUGAAGAGGGCGGUUCGGGCGUCGGCUCUCGAAUGCAAGCACUAGCGUUGGCCGAAGCGGCUUUACCACGACAUCUGUUGACAGCUUUGUACGCUGGAGCCAGGUUGCACCACAGACAUCUAGCGCGGCAUCUGGUGGCGCUUUGGUUAGUGGACCACGCGCCGGCCCAUAACCUACUUAAACGCAUUAUGCCAUCCGGACUUCUGGCUUUCCUAGAAUCUACAGAGGCGCCACCUGCGGCGGCGUUAGAAGCAGAUCGAAUCAAUGAAAGAGACAACUUGGAGCUAGCACAAGCUUCGGUGAAGCCGCGCGCGCCGCACUGGGAGGCGCUCGAGCGGCAGGUCAAAUACGUCGAGAAACAUCUAGAGCACUACGCCCAGCUAGCCCUCCAGCACUGGGCGGCGCGCGCCGGCGGCCCCGCGCGGGCGCAGCGGGACGCCGCCAGGGACCGCCCCGUGGUGCUGCGGCGCCGCCGCGAGCGCCUCAAGUCCACCGCCAACUGGCCGCUCUUCUACUACCAGUUCCACCGCGACCACGCGCUGCCCAACCUCAUAUGGAACCACACGACUCGCGAGGAACUUCGAAAUGCGCUAGAAAACGAGCUCCGAGCGUUCACUUCAGACCGGGAAGUGUGUGGCGACACCCUAACCUCCUGGAAUCACGCAGAGCUAGAGGUGCACUACCAGUGUCUCCAGAAUGAGGUCAAAAUUGGCGAUUACUAUCUAAGGAUAUUACUGGAACAGAGAGAUAACGAUGACAGCCCCAUUCGAAAGUCCUACGAAUUCUUCAACGACUUAUACCACCGGUUCCUAUCAACGCCGAAGGUCGAGAUGAAAUGCAUGUGCCUCCAAGCUAUGAGCAUAGUCUACGGUCGGUACUUUGAAGACAUCGGGCCCUUUGCUGACACCAAAUAUAUAGUACAGAUGUUGGACAGGACAUGUGAUAGAAUGGAAAGAGACAGACUGGUUCAAUUCUUAUCGAAACUAAUUUUACACAGAAGAAACGUUAGUGAGAUUUUAGAAUGGAAUGGUAUAAGAAUAUUAGUAGACUUAAUGACAUUAGCGCAUUUACACACAACUCGAGCCACGGUACCGGCGCAGAGCAACGUCAUAGAAGGCCCAGCGCGGGCUGAAGGCGGCGACCGCGAGUGGUACUACAACGUGGAGCAGGCAGGCAAGGUUGAGAGGAAGGGGCCCAUCAGCUUCCAACAGCUGAAGGACCUGUACAAGAGCGGUGAAAUCAACAACAAGACGAAGUGCUGGGCGCACAGCAUGGAGGGCUGGCGUUGUAUCGGCGCCGUUCCGCAACUCAAAUGGACGCUGGCGGCGCGAGGAACCGCUGUGUUGGACGAGAGUGCGUUAGCAUCUACGGUGUUGGAUCUGUUGAUCGCCGCUGCACAGUACUACCCCAGCAGAGACGAGGAAGAUGCGGUAAUACGGCCCCUGCCGAAGGUGAAGAGGAUGUUGUCUGAACCUGCCUGUCUGGCACACGUUGUUCAGCUACUGCUCACCUUCGACCCGGUACUCGUUGAGAAGGUGGCAACCCUGUUGUACGAAGUGAUGCAGGACAACCCUGAGAUAUCCAAACUGUACCUGACAGGCGUGUUCUACUUCAUGCUACUGUACACGGGCUCGAACCUGCUACCCAUCGCGAGGUUCCUGCGACUCACGCAUAUGAAACAGGCGUUCAGAGCUGAUCAGACUACAUCAGACAUAAUGCAGCGCUCGAUCCUCGGUCAGCUCCUGCCAGAAGCCAUGGUCUGUUACCUGGAGAAUCACGGCGCGGAGAAAUUUGCGCAGAUCUUCCUCGGCGAAUGGGACACGCCUGAAGCCAUAUGGAACUCUGAGAUGAGACGAAUGCUAAUAAUGAAGGUCUCGGCACACAUCGGCGAAUUCACCCCUCGCCUACACGCACACAUCGCCGCUCGCUACCCAUACUUAGCUAUACCAGCUGUGUGUUACCCACAACUACAACACGAGCUGUUCUGCAAUAUGUUCUAUCUGCGCCAUCUGUGUGAUACACACAGGUUCCCUGACUGGCCGAUUCCAGAGCCGGUUCAACUUCUAAAAGAUGUAUUAGAAGCAUGGCGGCGCGAAGUCGAAAAGAAACCUCCUUCAAUGACAGCGAGCGAAGCUUAUGCAGCUCUUGGGCUAACUGGACAACACGACGAAGCAGCCGUUCGCAAGGCGUAUUAUAGACUCGCGCAGCAGUACCAUCCGGACAAAAACCCGGAGGGCCGGGACCGCUUCGAGGCAGUAAAUCAAGCUUACGAAUUCCUAUGCAGCCGCAACGUGUGGACCGGCGACGGGCCGAAUGCAAACAACAUCGUGCUUAUAUUGCGCACGCAAACUAUACUUUUCCAGCGAUAUUCGGACGUACUGGCACCGUACAAAUACGCCGGCUACCCUCAACUGCUUCGAACAGCGCGUCUCGAAGCCGAAGCGGAGCAACUGUUUGCUGAAAAAGAUUCCUCUGGUUUGUUGCCAGCGGCGUGCGAGUUGGCGCAUGCCACUGUUAAGUGCUCAGCUCUCAAUGCCGAGGAAUUAAGGAGAGAGGGAGGUUUACAGGUCCUCCACGAAGCUUUGACCCGCUGCGUGCCCGUCCUGUCCGCAUCGACGAAGCCGGGCGACGUGGCGGCCGCCGUGUGCGCGCACGCGGCGCGCUGCUUCGCCGUCGCCGCGCAGUUCCCCGCCUGCCGCGCCCUGUGCGCCGCGCUGCCGGCGCUCAGCGGGGACGUCGUGCCGCUGCUGAGGCGACCGCAUCUCGGCGACACAGCGUGCGCGGGCGCGGAGGCGGUGGCGGCGCUGGCGGCGGAGCCGACCAUCCGCGAGCAGCUCGCCCUCGCCGGGGCCUUGCAGGCGCUGCUGCCCAAUGUGCUGCAGUACGACUACACGCUCAAGGAGUCCGGCGUGGAGACUGACGCACAGGCUAACAAGCAGGAGGUGGCGAACCAGCUAGCGCAGCUGUGCGUGGCAGCCCUGGCCGCCAUGUUCGGGCCGCACGCGGAGGCGGGGCCGCUGGACGAGCGGAUCCGGGCGGCGCUCCAGGCCACGCUGACGCCCUACUUGUGCUCGCGGCUCGCAGACGAGGACCGGCAUGAGUUACUCAAAACCCUGACCUCAAACUGGCGGACACCCUUGCUGGUCUGGGACAACAGCACCAGAGCCGAACUACGCGACGUCCUCCGAGCCAAAAUGGAACCCGACGGUCCACUGAUCCCCGCCUUCAAGUAUACAGCUCAUGAGGGCUUGUUGGUCGUCGGUGGGGUCUAUGUGGCCAUAUAUAACGACCAGCCCGAGUUCCCUAUACCGAACCCUCAGCAAUUCAUCUUGGACCUGCUGAAGUUUAUCCUGGAACAGACCAAAGAAGACAUGACACCGGAGCGCGUGGAACAUAUCACUAUGGCGUUGUCGGCUCUCGCCAAUGUCAUAAUUAAGAACCCAGGUUCUGAGAUCCAGUGCAUAGGCCAAUUCGGUCUCAUCUUCGGCAUGCUAUCAGCGCGCGCGCACCCCGCGCUGCAGGACGCGGCGCUGCGGAGCGUGCUGGCCGCCGCCGGCAGCCGCGAGUGCGUCGAGGACGUCGCCGCCAGCCAAGUGCUAGGUCACCUGCUCGCGCUGCUGGCCGCGCGGCCGCCGCGGCCCGACGCGCUGGCCGCGCUGUCCGCGCUGCUCGCCAGCACCGCGCUCGUCAAGGAGGCGCUGGCCAAAGGAGCUGUGAUAUACCUAUUAGAUUUGUUCGCGAACAGCAAAGUUCCCGAGAUGAGGGAGUCCGCGGUCGAGUUGUUGGCUCGAAUGAUGGCGGACAAACUACACGGACCCAAGGUCCGUCUAACAAUGUCGCGGUACGUUCCCGGCGUAUUCUGCGAAGCCAUGCGCGAGAGUGGACCGGCGAGUGCUACGCACAUGUUCGAUUCGCGCCACGAGCACCCCGAGCUCGUGUGGACGGACGAGGCGCGUUCGAGAGUGUGUAGCACUUUAGCUGAGCGGGCUGACAAGCACCAGUGCAACCAGCUCCGCGACCCCAACGCCACCUUCGAAGACCGCGAGACCCUGGAGCGAGCCGCCGGCGAGGACACCUGGGCGCCCCCCGGCGAGGUGGUCGUCGGCGGCGUCUACCUCAAGCUGUUCCUGCAGAGCCCGCACUGGAGCCUCCGCAGCCCCAAGCGCUUCCUGCAGGAGCUGCUCACUGAGUGCGUGGCCGCGCUCGGCAAGGACGCGAGCGAGGGCAGCAGAGGCGACAUCUGUGCCAAAGCGCUAGCCGUACUGGUAUCGACGCGUCCAGCGCUGGGCGAAGUGUGUGCCCAACUGGGUGAACUACCUCGACUGAUGAGAUUAUUACCACAGUGCCCGCUACACGCCGUACCCAUCGUCGCAGCCUUAGCUCGCACACAGUCGUGCGUAAUGGCGAUGAACCAAACCGAAGUGAUGUCUGGCUUAAAAACCGCCGUGAAGUCAUGUCGGGAGAUCAUCGGCAGCGCGUGUGAAGCGCUCGCCUCCAUAUUCAACAGCUCUGUCAACACGGACCGCCUCGUGUUGCAGGCUCUAGACACUGGUCUAAUAGACGAACUCCUAUCCCUCCUCGAGACCCGCCUCGACGGGCAGGCCGCCGCCCAAUUGGUCAACGCCCUCAAAGCCAUGGCGCGCUCCCCCACUCACGGGGAGCGAGUGAGAGGCGUGCUGGCCAAGAGCCGCGUGUGGGAGCAGUACGCCCAGCAGCGACACGACCUGUUCAUCACUGCGCCCUCACAGCACGCGCUACAAGCGGCGCCUACUACAGCGGGCUACCUGACGGCUCCACCGUCGAGUAUCACCGCGCAACCGCCGCCCAUCGAUUGACGACUGCCCGUCUGAACUACAUAGCAGCCUGACACGGUUAGCGACUCAACUUUACUAUACACUCGUAGAGAUAAGGGACAGCCGCAAUGACAACAUGUACAGUUGUACGUUCAGUACCGGGACCGUGCACGUUGGAGGGUCUGCCAUUUUGUGGCCUAAAUUGGAAACUUAAACACACGCACACUCGCGCUGUAAAUGCUGCCAUCUUGUGGCCUAAAUCGGAAACUUAAUCUUGACAUUUACAUCAAUCAAGGGGCUCCUGUGCUGCCCGCUACAGUUCAUGCACGUGCCCUAUAUCGUAGAGUGCCUCAGCGGGCUUGACUUGAUUGUGUCCACCGCCCUCCGGCGACAGACGACUGCCCAUUCUGUAAUCUGUUCAAUCUAGCGACGUAGCGACUCAUAACAAUACUAUCAAACUCCAUUCAAAUCAGCAAAAGUACGUAGGGAACCCUAACUUCGCGGUUGCUGGCGAACUUCGCCCUGGUAAAAUAUUAAAAGAAUGUUUUUAUCAAAAAAUAGAUAUCCAUCGACAUCACAAUAAACAUGCAAUUGAUACAAUUUAUAGUGGAUUGUUAUUUAAUGCUAGUUAAGACGAAGUUAUGUACUAAAGGCGAUUUUAGGGCACGUAUUUUUGCGAAUCCUUACUUUAGACACAUAAUAUAGAACAUUUAAAGCCUGAGAAGAUUAUAUUUGGCCCUGAGAUAAUGUCGCUGCAAUCAUCUUACACAUGGCGAUAACAAUAUAGUGCGUAUAAGUCGUUUAUAGUCAAAUAAAAUGUCAGUACUGCUUAUGUCAACAACUAAUUUCGAAACGUUCAUUGGAAUGCUACGCAAUCCUUCGUCCUUUUAUUGAUUUUAAUGUUUUGUUGUAUUCAAAGUAAUAAGACAAUCUUUUUAGGCAUUUUUGUGGCAAAAUAGUUCAUGAUUCCGAAAUAUUUUUUCUUGUUUGACAACGUCUGUUGGACAAGGACUGCCAAUAAAAUAAAUUAGUACCACGGAGAAUCUGCAACAUUGCGAAGGCCAGAUAAAAUCCUGUCAGGGUAUAAGAUGUAUUAAGACAUAUUUCGCUGUGGCAAAUAGCGGUUAUGGCUAUAGAAUAGUUAAGGAAUUACACAGUCCAGAUUUGUGCGGAAUCUGAGAGGUUGUAAAAACGUGGGCCUAUUGCAUAAGAUUUUGAAACUACUUAUAUUGGCGGAACUCUCUGUGGUGUGUGUGCAACGUCACACUCACACUCUCUUAGCGUACCUCAUAUAUACGAGUGCUUGUUAUAUUAUCCAGAAUAAAGCUGUACUUAUAACCUAUGGGUUGUCUCAUUAACGCUUCACAUGGCGAUCCUGCCAGUGCAGCCUUGCGCUGCACUGCGGGCGCGCCGCGCCAGUCAGUUCAUUAAAUUCAGUGCCCUUAUGAACAGUUAUGAAACUUAUAUACAGGACAAUAAACAGGUUAUUUUCAUUCAAAUUCCUUUUAAUAGAAAUACAGUUUCGUUAAUAUUCGUAAUAUUACGCAAUAGGCCCCAGUUAAGAGAAAACUGUUGAAUAAUACUGAUUUUAUGAGACCGUUUUAGAAUUCUGAAAUGAGGAUGAAAAUAAGUAUAUCUUAUUUUUAAAGUCCAUUAAUUAGUGUUUUUUUUUUCUACCCGCAAUAUCCAAUGUCCAAUAGAAGGGCUUUGCAGUAAGCCUAAUGUUUUAUAUGGGAUUAUCAAUAGUAAAAAUUAGCUGUAAAUAAGUGAUAGUUAAAUAAAGAUAUCUGUUUUGUUAUUAUUGAAGUUCAGCAUUCCAAAUGAUGUAGUCGCGAUAGAAACAUGACAAUUUUAGAACCAAUUGAUUGAACAAGAAGUGUUUGCAAAGUGUGAUGUUUGUGUUUACUAAACUAUUAUUUUGUUCUGUAUCAUGGGAAUCGGCUAUCAUGGGAAAAUGUAACUGAAAUUACCGCCAUACAAAAUAUAUGGGGAAAUGUUAACACAAUAGGGAAAAAACUCUACGUCAUUUUUUUUUAUCCCAUUGUGCAUUGGGAUCGAAAGAGUUCGUGACUCUUGAGUGGUAAUAACACAAUAUUUAUGAAAAAAAAAUAUAAUGAAUUAAAGUGGAUUUUUUUUAAGAAAAUUAAAUUAAAUGUAACGAGUGUCGCCAUUUAAAUGGUUAAUCAUGCCAUGGCAACAAAGAUAGCCGAUAGAGUAAAUACAAAAAAAAAAAUCUAUAAAUAUUGAUAAAAAAGAUCAAAAUGUCCAAAACAUCCAGCUCUAUAAAACCAGAAGGGCAAUAUUACUCCCAGUGUAUAGUACUAUCAUCAUAAAUUAAAGU